CCCCCUUACUAAAUACCCUUACCCACCCCGAAUAUCUAGACCCCCACCCUCCCCCAGAACCGCUUUCCGGCAAACUUCAUAUUCAAAACUCGUAAAUCACACAUUAAUUCAUCUCUAUCUCUACACAUCUAUAUAAUAUAUAUUUUUGUUUACAUUUUGUAAACAAUUUUUAUAAGAUCGUUUUCUCUACUUCAAAAGUACCUUCACAUUUUGCAGAUAUCCACUACUCACUCAUUGUUUUUUUUUUUUUUUCAUAUAAAACCUUAGAUUUUAAUAUCAUUAUUCUUUUAAAUAAAAAUAAAAUUCAGAAGGUAAUAAGGAAUAAGAAUAUUGAUGGGGGGUUGGAAUCCAUUCGCCUUUUUGAAGAAUAUGUUUCAGGGUGGGCAGGAAGGUAGGGUUAGGGAAGUUGAUCUCGGAGCCUUCUACAUCAAGUCUCAUGGAACUAAAUUGGUGAGGAGUCACAUGCACGAUUGGUUUAUACUUGUGCUCCUUGCAGGCAUAGAAAUUGUCCUAAAUAUUAUACAUCCAUUUUAUCGCUUUGUGGGUAAGGAUAUGAUGACUGACCUUAGAUAUCCAAUGAAGGAAAACACUGUUCCAGUAUGGGCAGUUCCUCUUUAUGCAGUUUUAUUGCCCAUUCUUGUUUUUAGCCUCAUUUAUCUUAGGAGAAGAGAUGUACAUGAUCUACACCAUGCAAUUCUCGGUCUUCUGUUUGCCGUGCUUAUAACUGGUGUUUUGACAGACGCAAUAAAAGAUGCAGUUGGAAGGCCACGGCCUGAUUUCUUUUGGCGUUGUUUUCCAGAUGGCCUAGAUAAAUAUGACACAUUUGGCGAUGUUAUAUGUCAUGGUAAAGACAAGGAUAUAAAAGAAGGGCACAAGAGUUUCCCUAGUGGCCAUGCUUCAUGGUCGUUUGCGGGUCUGGGAUUUUUGGCAUUGUACUUGGCUGGAAAAAUUAGAGUAUUUGAUCGUCAGGGACAUGUAGCAAAAUUGUGCAUUGUUUUUAUUCCUCUUCUUAUGGCGGCUCUUGUAGCAAUUUCACGGGUUGAUGACUAUUGGCACCAUUGGCAAGAUGUGUUUGCUGGUGGUCUUUUAGGUCUGUUUGUUGCCACCAUGUGCUAUCUGCAAUUUUUCCCAGCUCCAUAUCACUCUGAAGGUUGGGGUCCAUAUGCUUAUUUCCGAGCUUUACAAGACACAAAUUCUGACUCAAGAGGAGCUGAUCAUCCUAUGGACGGGGUGCAUAUGCAAGCUGUGGAGAUUCAGGAUUUCAACCAACCACCAAGGAGAAAUGGCAGCCAUGUCUUCAGGCAGGUGUCACUCUCUGAUUCGCCGCAAGAUGUAGAAUCUGGAAAAUUGUGAUCAUUGGGUCAGCUUAUUUAUUCUAUUAGGCAUCUUGAUUACACAUUGCUCAUAAAGUUGCCAAUUUCUGUAUAGAUUUCAUCUAAUCUUUGUAGUUGAGGAAAAACUAAAUGCGUUAUGCUAUCAUCUUCUUUAUGAUGGAUGUUUAUACUACUAGUCUACUAGAAAGUAAAUUUCAACUACUACAAA